GCCGCGUUGUGGAGCUGGCGCCAUUCUAACAAGCGUGUGUCCCCCCAUCUCCCUGCCGGAGUACCACUAAACACAGCUUUACUUGCAAUUUACCUACUUCUGUAUUUUCUCAUCUGCAGUCAAUCUUUUAGGUAUAUCCAGCUAUGGAUAUAGACGGUGCCAGUUCGGUGGUGCUGAAGACGUUAACCCAAGCCACCAGUCAAGACACGGCUGUGCUGAAGCCCGCCGAGGAGCAGCUCAGACAAUGGGAGACGCAGCCGGGCUUCUACUCUGUCCUCUUGAACAUCUUCAAUAACCAUAUGCUGGAUGUGAACGUGAGAUGGCUGGCAGUACUCUACUUCAAAAACGGCAUUGACAGAUACUGGAGAAGAGUGGCCCCUAACGCUUUAUCAGAGGAGGAGAAGACCACGUUACGUGCUGGUCUCAUCACAAACUUCAACGAGCCUGUCAAUCAGAUAGCGACCCAGAUCGCGGUGCUGAUAGCCAAGGUAGCCCGGCUGGACUGCCCCCGGCAGUGGCCAGAGCUCAUCCCCAUUCUGCUGGAGUCUGUCGUCAAGGGCCAGGAUGCCCUGCAGCAGCACAGAGCGCUGCUCACCUUCUAUCACGUUACCAAAACACUUUCGUCCAAACGUCUGGCACAGGACAAACGGCUGUUUCAGGACUUGGCGUCGGGCAUUUACAGCUUUGCCUGUUCCAUGUGGAGCCACCACACGGACCUCUUCCUCCAGCAGAUUUGUGCCCGUGACGAGACGGCGGCGAUGGCAUCGCUGGAGAGAACACUGCUGUCGCUUAAAGUACUACGCAAGUUGACCGUCCAUGGAUUCCAAGAGCCACAGCAGAAUAUGGAAGUGAUGGGUUUCCUGAAUGCAGUGUUUGAAAGGCUAAAACAAUUCCUGGACUGCUGUCGACAAAUCGAUACAGGCAGCACUUGUAGGGAAAAGCUGGAAAAGACGAUCAUACUCUACACCAAAGUUUUGUUGGAUUUCUUGGAGUGCCACCCAUGUGCAUUUAUACCUCUAAUCCAGUGCUCGCUGGAAUUCGCCGUGAGCUACGUGUUCACGCCCGUCGGAGAAGGCGUCACCUUCGAACGCUUCAUCGUCCAAUGCAUGAACCUCAUCAAGAUGAUUGUUAAGAACGACGCCUAUAAACCUGCCAAAAAUAUUGAAGACAGUAAACCAGAAAGUCUGGAAGCUCACAAGAUCAAGACUGCUUUCUUCACACACCCCACACUGACUGAGAUCGGACGACGACUUGUCUCCCACUAUUUCCUUCUCACGGAAGAAGAGCUGACCAUGUGGGAAGAGGAUCCGGAGAGUUUUGCUGUUGAGGAAACAGGAGGCGACUCUUGGAAAUACAGUUUGAGGCCCUGUACAGAAGUGUUGUUUUUGGACAUCUUCCACAACUACGGCCAGACCUUGACGCCUGUGCUCCUGGAUAUGGUUCAGAAUCUCCACGGCCCAAUCAAUGUGGAAAAUCCUGUUGAGCUGUUAAUGAAGGACGCAGUGUUCAACGCAGUAGGCCUGGCUGCCUUUGAGCUUUUUGACAACGUGGACUUUGAUCAAUGGUUCAAGAAUCAGCUUCUCGGGGAGCUGCAAGUCAGCCAUCACAGGUACAAGCUGAUUCGUCGAAGGGUCAUUUGGCUAAUAGGCCAGUGGAUCUCCGUCAAAUUCAAAUCGGACCUUCGCCCUUUACUCUACGAGGUCAUCCUCAGUCUCAUGCAGGAUCCGGAUUUAGUGGUGCGAAUUGAGACAGCCACAACUCUGAAGCUCACUGUCGAUGACUUUGAGUUCCGGACAGAGCAGUUCCUCCCCUACUUGGAGUCCAUCUUUGGGCUGCUCUUCCAGCUGUUGCAGCAGGUGACCGAGUGUGACACCAAAAUGCAGGUGCUCCACGUCAUCUCCUGCGUUAUUGAACGAGUCAACACACAGAUCAAACCAUAUGUAGGUUGUCUGGUGCAGUACCUGCCCCUGCUUUGGAAGCAAUCGGAAGAACACAACAUGCUACGAUGUGCCAUACUUACUACUCUUGUUCACCUUGUGCAGGGCCUUGGUGCGGAGAGCAAGAACCUGUAUCCCUUCCUUCUUCCUGUCAUCCAGCUAAGCACAGACGUCUCCCAGCCACCUCAUGUGUAUCUGCUGGAGGAUGGAUUGGAGCUUUGGUACGUGACUUUGGAGAACAGUCCAGCCAUCACCCCUGAGCUGCUCAGAAUUUUCCAGAACAUGUCAGCUCUACUUGAGUUGAGCACAGAGAAUCUGCGCACGUGCUACCAGAUUGUCAAUGCCUACCUAUACUUGUCUCCAACGGAGUUUCUUCAGAACUAUGCCGAAUCCUUAUGCCAGUCCUUCUGUGAUCUGCUGAAAGACAUCACGAACGAGGGACAGGUCCAAGUUCUGAAGGUAGUAGAAAUAGCUUUAAAGGUUAGCCCCAUACUGGGUGCCCACAUGUUCCAAUCCCUGCUGCCAGCUGUCCUCAGAGGUGUUGUGAAUGGCGAGAGAUACCCUGUGGUGAUGUCCACCUACUUGGGCAUCAUGGGCCGCAUCUUGUUGCAGAACUCCAGCUUCUUCUCAUCGCUGCUCACUCAGAUGGCGUCCGAGUUGGGUCAGGAGAUUGACCAGUUGUUAGGCAGUGUGAUUGAGAUGUGGGUGGACCGCAUGGACAACAUCACGCAGCCUGAAAGGAGGAAGCUUUCCUCUUUGGCCCUGCUUUCCCUUUUACCAUCUGACAACAGCGUGAUCCAAGACAAGUUUUGCGGGAUUGUCAACGUCUCCGUCGAGUCUUUGCAUGACGUGAUGACGGAAGAUCCCGAGACGAGCACCUACAAAGACUGCAUGCUGAUGAGCCACUUUGAGGAGCCCAAGCUGAGUGACGACGAGGAGCCGCCGACCGAACAGGACAAGAGAAAGAAACGAUUGGCCCUGGAGGACCCCGUGCACAGUGUCUCACUUCAACAGUUUGUUUAUGAGAAGCUGAAGGCUCAGCAGACCCUUCUAGGGGACCAGAGCUUCAGCGGCCUCAUGGAGACCGUGGACACGGAGCUCGUAAAGCAACUCCAGGAGUUCCUGCAAGGUUUCUGAACCACAUCCACAGUCCUUCACCACCGUUCACAACACACGGCUGCCGUUUAAUUCUCGACGCCUUCUUUCCUUUCAAGAAAAGAUACCCGACCCAACAAUCCGAAUCUUCCCAAACGCUGCCCAUGUUAUGCCUUAUCUAUAUUCAGAACGAGCUUUGCCCAUUCCCCCGCUAACGCCUCACAUUGCUCCGUUAAAAAACUCGAUUGCUUUAUAUUUCUUUUAUAAAAACAAAAAACAAAUAUAGGCCAUGUCUGUAUUUACCGUGAUUUUGUAAAACAUCAGCUCGCUCGAGCUUCCACUCAUCUUCUCAACUUGCCGUUUCUUCCGUUUGUGUGGUUUCGAAUUGGAAUGAGUGGAAGUGUACUAACCAAAAAUCGUUUGCGUGCAAGGGACUGUUCAAAGGAAUAUUCCACAGACUGGAGCCGAACCGAAAGGAAACCAGAAGGACUUGUAACAGUGUUUACAAAAUCUAUUCUUAAAAAAAAAAAAAAAUAACUAGCCAAAAAAAAAAAAAGAAAUGUAAUUUUUGUAUGUAUGUAAAGUACGGACAAUAAUCUGCAUGGCUAUUUUAGUUUGUUUUUACUUUUGCAUUACCCCCCCACCCCUCCCUCCAUGUUUUAAAGUGAUGUUGUCAUAACCAGAGGUCAAGUUGAAGUAACUACUGAGGUUGAAUUUCUUUUCUUUUUUUUGGUUAUGUUCUCGUCUUGAAAAUUGGUGAUGUUUCCUUUUUUCAAGCCAUUGAUUCGAAUGUGGAACCACAUUAUGUAUAUAUAUAUAUAUAUAUAUAUAUAUGUGUACUGCUGCUAAUUGUGGGCGUGUCGGAGCACUUUAAUAACCAAAAACUUCCUUCUCAUCACUGCUACGUGUUCCUCAACACAAUGACUAUCAGCAGGAUGCCUUCACUUAAGAGUCAUACUUUUUUUGUCAAAUUAAUGUGCCAGUACCUUAUUUUGACUUUUAUUUGCCCACUCCUUGUGAGAAUAUAUUUGAUUUAGUAGUGGAACCAGUAUUCAGUACAGUUUAAUUUCAUUCAUUGAUCAACAUAUAUUAAGUCUUUAAAUGUUUUUUGAACUCCGAAACUGAAAGCGAUUGUGUGGAAAAUUGGAGUUCAUAAGGGAACUUUGGUUGAGCAUAAUAAUUAAAUUAGGUGAGAGUUCUAUUUUAUUGCGUAAUAGUUUUAGUUUUACACAAGAUGGAUAUAAACAUGCAGCCUACUCCCCGCCUUGCGGCCUCUAGCUUAAAACACGGCUCUUCUUUUUUCAAAGUGUGUUUCUUGAUUCCGUUAACACUAGAUUAUCUCUCUGCUCGUAUUAUGUUACUAGGACAACUUUGCUUUUGAAUUUUGUUUGUGUUUUGUUGGGAAGGGGAGGGGAAAAAAACACAAAAUAAAAUGAUCCUUAUUUACCCCUUAUGCUUUCAAUAAAAUGCAGUUGUUCAGUCCAAAAGUUAAA